AUGGUUGAUCGUUCACGUUCAGACCUACGCUCUACUCGAGAAUACUUCAGUUCUCCACGCAGUGUUAAAGAAGAACAUGAAGUGAAACGCGGGCGUCGGAUUCAUCAUUACAGUGGCGGUGCUGAUAUUCGAGAAGAUAGGUCAAGAAAUGCGACGGUGACGAUUAUGGCUCGCCCAACUGCUAUUUUAUCGAAACCUAAAGAAGAACCACUUACAUCCGAUAAUGCGGAAGGCAGUCAGAAGACAAUAUCUCGAGCUAUUUCGUCAUCCCAGGAACUAAUACUAUCCGGAAUAACUGGUCCAAAUUCUGCAUCACGAUUAACUGAUAUUUCCCGUGGUUCAGCAACAACUUCAACUGUUAUGGAACAAUCUCUUGGAAUUAUGAAAGCAGCUGUGCGUUUACUUUCUGAUACGAUGGAUUUUACGGAUGUUGUUGCGGAUUAUUUAUCCACUACAAAUACAAAUUUUACUGUCAUCGGUAUUAUUGGUCCACAAGGUACGGGUAAAUCAACACUCCUCAGCAUGAUAGCUGGUAAUGAUCAUAUGGAUAUGUACAGAUAUUAUGCUUUUCGUCCGGCUUCUCGCGAAGCAGUUGAAUGUUGCCGUUUUCAGUCCCAAAAGAUAAGCAUUUAUGUAACCAAGUCGAGGAUGAUUUUACUGGAUUGUCAGGCAAUCAGUUCUGCUUCGAUUCUUAAUCACUUAUUAAUUACAUCAUCGUUAGAUGGAAAUCGUUCGGGAGGUUCAAAAGCAAUGGAUCUUCGUCGGGGAUUUGCAGCGCUUUCGGGAGAAGUUGAAAGUUUACAUUUAACAGCAUUUCUCUUACAAGUGUGUCAUACCGUAAUACUUUCUGUGGAUUGGUUCAUUGAUAUUGAUGUGAUUCGGCAUGUACGAACAGCAGAAAUGCUCCGUGUAACACCGACUCAUUACUCAUCUGAAACACUGAAGUAUAAGCCGAAUCGUAAAAUUAAUAUUGUGUUAGCCCAUCAACGAGCCAAAUCAGAAGACUUUCAGCCAAGAAAUGUGAGGAAUCGGGCUAGAAUUUUGGAAUGUUUAUUCAGUGAUUCACAACUGAAUAUCAAAGGUGGCAUAUCAUUAGGCGGUUUAGGGUGUAAACCGUAUAGUGAAAUUGCAUCGAAUGUAAAUUACGUAUUACUGUCAGAAAUAAAACCACGACCAAAAAUGGAAGUAUGCGCAUCCGAUUUCGUUUGGCUUCUUAUCCGGGCACGUACUUAA